AUGGAGGCUGCAAAGGAGCACUUUCCUAGACUAAGGCAAGUUCUUCUCUUUGUUUUGCUGUCUCACACUUGGGCGGAGCAGGAAGAUUACCGUAUCGCUGAAGAAACAGAGCGUGGCUCUUUUGUGGCCAAUCUAGCAAAGGACAAAGGGCUAGCGGUAAGAGAGCUGUCUUGGCGGAGGGCUCGGAUCAUUUUUACAAAUGACAAAAAAUAUUUUCAGCUGAACCUUCAGACGGGAGAUUUACAAGUAAAUGAUAAACUGGAUCGGGAGGAACUGUGUGGCCCCAUGGAGCCUUGUGUACUGCAAUUCCAAGUGUUACUGGAAGAACCUUUAGAGGUAUAUAGGUAUAAGCUUUUGGUCACUGACAUAAAUGACAAUUCCCCUGUGUUCCCAGAAGCAGAAAUGAUUUUGAAAAUCAUGGAAAAUACUCUUCCAGGGACUGCGUUUCCCCUGAAAAAUGCACAAGAUUUGGAUGUAGGUAUCAAUAAUAUCCAAAACUACACCAUUUAUCCCAACUCCCAUUUCCAUGUUCUUACCCACAAUAGCGGUGAAGGAAGAAAAUACCCGGAACUGGUUCUGGACAAAGUGCUAGAUCGAGAGGAGCAGCCUGAGCUUAAGUUAACUCUCCUGGCAGUAGAUGGUGGAGUUCCUCCUAAAACUGGGACUGCCUUGGUCCUCAUUGAUAUCUUGGACAUCAAUGACAAUGCCCCCGAGUUUGCGCAGCCACUCUAUCAUGUACAGAUCGUGGAAAACAGUCCUCUGGGAUCGGUUAUUGUCACUGUUUCAGCUAGAGAUUUAGACACAGGAACAAAUGGUGAAGUAUUCUAUUCAUUUUUUUAUGGCGAUGAAGAGAUUAGUAGGACAUUUGCACUUGAUGAACUCACAGGAGAAAUUAAAAUAAUUAGGACACUAGAUUUUGAAAAAAUUAUGUCAUAUGAGCUGGAUAUUAAGGCUUCUGAUGGGGCAGGUCUUUCUGGAAAAUGCACUGUCAUAAUAGAGGUGGUGGAUAUAAAUGACAACACCCCAGAACUGACGGUGGCUUCACUUAUAAGCUCCAUCCCAGAAAAUUCCCCUGAGACCACGAUAGCUCUUUUCAGUAUUCAAGACCAAGAUUCUGGGGACAAUGGGAGGAUGGUUUGUUCCAUCCAAGAAGAUGUUCCGUUCACUCUGAAACCUUCCGUUGAGAAUUUCUACAAGCUAGUAACAGAAGGAGAGCUAGACAGAGAGAGCCAGGCCGAGUACAACAUCACCAUCACCGUCACCGACCUGGGAACCCCCAG